GCCGUCAUGUUUACAGUCUUCGGUUCGCGAUCUCGCGGUCGUUGAUAAAGAAAAUAAUACACAACUGACAGCGCGUUACGAGUUUACGAUCGUGAUCGUCGUCGUCGAGAGUCGAGACGUCGACCAACGUUGUUAUAUUAUAUUACUUGAAUAUUAAGUAAUUUCAAUUUUUUUUAAUCUCGGAUAAGUUAACACACGAUCGGUAAGAAAUACACAGAUGACAGCUGUGGUUAGGUUUAUCGUUUUUGACACGGCUCGAUGAGAACGAAGGACAUCUUCUGGAUUGCGAUGAGUAGGACAACGUAAGAUCUAUCAUACCGGCAAUACCGACCGAGAGACUGAACACGGAAUAAAAUGUCGUACGAACAGACUGCUUGUGACGAUCUUAAAGCUUUUGAGCGGCGACUAACCGAGGUGAUUGCUUCUAUCAAACCAAUAACUAAUCGAUGGCGAACAAUUUUAGCUAUUUCAACAUUAAGUGCUUCAAUAGGUGCUUAUUAUUGGUUGACAGAUCCACAAACUGCUAAAGUAUCAUUUGUCCAAUCACUGUACAAUCAUUUAUUGUUCACCGUUUCAUCUAUGAUACUUAUGAUAUUACUCAUAACUGGUGUACAUAAAAAAGUGAUAGCAACAUCAAUAAUAACGUCACGUGCGAGGCAAGUGCUAGCUGAUUUUAAUAUGUCUUGUGAUGAUUCUGGAAAACUAAUACUUAGACCUAGGCCACAACAGAAUACGUGAUGAUAAAUUCACAGUAACAGGAUGUACUUUUUUUUUUCAUUGUUCAGAGUUAUGUAACAAUUGUUCAUGAAUGACACCCUAUUAUAAAGAGUUAGAUCUAUCAUUUUGAAUUGUAAUGUAUCUAAUGUGUUUAUGUACAUAAUAUAAUUAAUAAUUAUUAAUGAAUUAUUAUUAUAUAUAUAUAUUUCUUAUAUGAAUUAAAAAAAAUUGUUUUACUUAUCUGAAAUAGAGAAAGAGUUUAAAAUAUACUUAUCAGUCAUCAACA